CCUGUCCCUGUCCGACCCGUCCCUGAAGGGUCAAGAUGUAAAACCGUCCCGUCCCGUCCCUGUCUCCUUCUUGACCCUGUCUGACCCUCAAGGGUUGGGACGGGACGGGAUGGGCCGGGUCAGUGGGUCGACCCUAAUCAACACACUACUUUUUUACAAAUUACGUUUUGGUACCCAAAAUUAUUUUUUCUAACAAUUUAGUACCUAAAUUUUAUUUUUUACAAAUAAGUCCAUAAAUUUUGAUGGUAAAAUUACGUUUUGGUACCCAAAUUUUUUUAUUUUUACAAAUUAGUACCUAAACUUUUAAAACUUUACAAAAAAGGUCUAAUGGAGUAUGAGAUACUUGUUGUUGCUAAGGAUCACAGGGUCAAAACGUCACCCGUCCCUAAGUUGUCCCGACCCGUCCCGACCCUUAUAGGGUCAACAAAUGACCCGUCUCUAAUCUGUCCCUGUAGACAAACUGACCCGUCCCGACCCUUAGGGACGGAACGGGUCAGUGGGUCUUCCGGGACAAGCUUUCACCCCUGGUUAUACAAGGAAAAAAAGAUGGGGGAGGAGGUCCACACGUAUGGGAGUGUUUCACCACAACUUUAAUUUUGAUGCAGCUAGGAAUCUAAACGUACAACAUUGGCCUGGAGGGGGGUGAGGAAAGGGCAGUUUCUGCAGAAUCAGGUUGACGACAAAGACCAACAAGAUGAGGAGAUAACAGAAUGAAAGGAAGCUAUGCGUGCUGCCUUUUUCUUCUCUUCUCGUUCCUUGUAAACCAAAAAAAAAAAGAUACUACUGUAAGCGAUAUGUAGCGUAGAUGCCAUUAUUCUUGUGGUCCGACCUGAGCUGCCUGAGCUGCUGCUGCGGCUGCGGCUGCGUCUAUAUAAACAUGGGUUUCGCUCAUUCCUGGCAAAUAAGCCAAAACAGCAACUACUACCCUCCUUUUCGCUUUUUUCAUGCUGUGAAGUUUAAAACAAAAGCAGAGAAAUUAGUAAAUUGAAUGCCGAGGGACAGGGAUCCGCUGGUGGUAGGGCGGGUGAUAGGGGAUGUGUUGGAUCCUUUCACGAGGUCGAUCCCGCUGAGGGUGAAUUACAUGAACAGCAGGGAAGUGAACAACGGGUGCGAGCUCAAACCUUCUCAGGUUGCCAACCAACCCCGCGUCGACAUUGGCGGGGAGGACCUCAGGACCUUCUACACUCUGGUUAUGGUGGAUCCGGACGCGCCAAGCCCCAGUGACCCUAACUUGAGGGAAUACUUACACUGGCUGGUGACAGAUAUUCCAGCCACUACCGGGGCAAGCUUUGGGCAAGAAGUGGUGUGCUACGAGAGCCCGCGGCCGUCGGUGGGGAUUCACCGGUUCGUAUUCAUACUGUUCCGGCAACUGGGCCGGCAGACGGUUUACGCACCCGGUUGGCGCCAGAACUUCAACACCCGAGACUUCGCCGAGCUCUACAAUCUGGGCUCGCCGGUGGCCGCCGUCUACUUCAACUGCCAAAGGGAGAGCGGCUCCGGGGGAAGGCGGCGAUGAUCCAUCCGGCCGGCCGGCCGGCAGCACACGAAGAGAAAAACAAAAACACACAAUAUAGUUAAUUAUUUGUGAACGCCCAUCAAUACCCAACGAAGAAAAGGUUACUACAUAAACACGUACCUGCGUACGUACGAUGCCCACUCUUCCCUUAGAUACACAUGUGUCCUAUAAAGAUACUGAUAGUCAUAGUAAUAGUAAUACUUAUUUUACCAGUUUCAGAAAGAAAAGGAAGGAAAAAAAAAACAAUUGUUGUAUUGUUAACAGGAAGGAAAAAAAAACAAUUAUAUAUAUCGUUAUUAUUGGUGUAUUCUGCAUUAUUUUACUCUCAUUGUCUUCUUAGAACGGUUGCAAAUGAAGGUUGAGAGAAGUU